AUGAUGACGCUGCUUUUUGUCAUUAUCCGCGGCGUGCGUGUACUAUUGACGGUCUUGCUGUAUAUUUCCGAAGGAAGAACCGCUCGCAUUGGUCUCUUUGCGAUCUCCGAGGCCGAGAGCCCGACGACGAUGAUGUUUCGUCUCUUCGUCUUAGCAGCGACGCUUGGUGUCGGGUUUGUGUUCACUCGAAUGUUCCAAGAGAGAAUGAGGUUCCGCAGACUUCAGAAGCAGGAAGUUCCAAUGAUGCCUCACUCCCUUUUGUUCGGCCACUUGCGCAUAUUGAUGAACCUAACCUCACAUCUACCCAAAGACAUCCACUUCAACUACGUUCCUCAAGCGAUCGCCGAUAAUUGGGAAACACUAUUCCCAGGCCGGAAAUCGUGUCCCUCCGUAAUCUACGCCGACAUGUGGCCCAUGGGGCCUCCGCUGAUCUUCACCAUUCAUCCGGAGGCCGCAGGUCACUUCAUGUGCGACUCCAGCGUUCCACGUAGCGACUGGACUAGGAAGGCUCUAGCCCCCAUAACGGAAGCCAUGGACCUCGCUUCUAUGGUAGGCGGGCAAUGGAAGACGUGGCGCGCGCGGUUCAAUCCCAGUUUCAGCAACAAGAAUGUUCUCGGCCUAGUGCCUGGCAUGCUCGAGGACGUUGAGAUAUUCACCGACAUUGUCCGGCAACGAGUCGGUGCUGAAGGCUCUUGGGGUGGUGUCUUCCCGCUCGUGGAGAUCACAACCAACCUGACCAUGGAUAUUAUCGGCCGAGCGGUCCUGAACAUCGAGCUCCACGAACAGAUCAACGGACCCAGCAGAUUCAGGAGCGCCCUUGUGGACCAGAUUGCGCGAUGCAUGCUCCAUCUCAACAUUAUCACCGUAUGGAAAUGGUAUAGCCCGUGGCGACUGGCUGCCAUUAAGAGGAACAGGGAAACAAUGCACAGCGAACUACUCCCAUCUAUUGAACGAUCCCUGAAUGGAACGGAGAAGAAAGAUGGACUCAAGACCAUUAUAGAUUUGGCUUUGAAAUCAGUCUCUGGUGUAGUUGACGUGGACCAGUUGUUUAUAGAGACCGUCGUCUCGCAUCUCAAGCUUUUCAUGUUUGCCGGCCAUGAUACAACGGCCACAGCUCUUUGCUGGGCACUGCACUGUAUUGCCAAAAACCCCGAAGUCGGCCAAAGGCUACGGGCCGAACACGACGAAGUCUUCGGCAAGGACCCCGCAGAUGCGAUGGACAAGAUUAGAGAGUCGCCGCACUUGCUCAACUCCCUCAUAUAUACUGGCGGGGUCAUCAAAGAAGCGCUACGCCUGUUUACCGGCCCUCCUGUCGUUCGUGAUGGAUUACCGCACUACCGUAUUACGGAUAGUAUCACGGGAGAGCAGUACCCAACCGGCGGAUUUCUCAUAUGGGACGGACUGCGUUCGCAGUCUCGCAACGACGACUUGUGGCCUAGGGCCAAGGAGGUUGUUCCAGAGCGGUGGAUGACGACGGACCCGAAGGAUCCGUUGUAUCCAAAGAAGCACGGUUGGAGGACAUUUGGGCUCGGAAGCCGCGCCUGUAUCGGCCAGGAGCUUGCCGUGGUUGAAAUGAAGCUGGUCCUCGUGUCCCUCGCGCGGAAUUUUGAUAUCGACUGUGCCUGGGAUGAGUGGGACGCUCUCAAGUAA